AUGCAACCUCUAAACCCAUUCCUCGCCGCCUUCUCCAAGAGCCCCUUUCUCGUCCAGUGCUCGCCGGCCCAACAGCACAUUCUGCUCGUCCCCUGUACCGAUGUCCUCCUAGACUCCCGCGACACCGAGACCGGCGCGCCGCUGCUGGCCUCGAUAGCCUCCGAAGAAUUCCUGGGAAGCCAUGUGCUGCGCAUUCCCGCACCAAAGGCGCACGUCGCGGGAGGGAGGGAUGUCACGCAGAACCUGCGUGAGAUGAGAGGCAAGCCGAAGGUCUACAACACCCUCAACGGCAGGAGCAUUGUCAUCAAGGAUAACUACCUGUAUACCAACAAGGGAUUCAAGGCGUUGGCCCAAUCUAGCCUGCUGAACGAUGCCAUAUGGUACCCCGACACCCUGGAUCCGAGGGCCUUUCUGGUCUACUAUAUAUCGCGCCCACUGGUUGGAUCAUGGGACGAGGUCAAGAUCGCGCCAGCCAUACUCCCCCCAUCGCCGAGCAUAAGACCCGGCCCCUCGCAGAAUGUUGCCUCCGAGUCGAGCGAGUCUGCCGGGCUCCCGCGGAAAAAGGAUAUCAAGAGCUUUCACGAGCUUCUCAACAAUUUCCCCGUUAUUGCCAAGCAGAUGCAGGCGGGCUUGGAGAAGCUUUUGCGCGAGUUCACUGUGGUGUUUGAGCGGCCUUUGCCUCCGCCACCGUCUGCUGUGGAUAUCCCGGACCCCGAGCAUGUGGGACCGAUAGCAAGCGCCAUGAUCAGGGCCAGGUCCAACAGCACCGGGAGUCCGGGUGCCACGAGGGGAACGGCCAAUGGACACCGGGUUGUCGAGAACUUUUUUGCCGAGGACGACGAGGACGUCAUGAGGGUUUCGCUGGAAACGGCCGUAACCGCCGCCAUAGACCUGUUUCAGAGUGUCGACAAACACCAGCUGUCGCUGCUCGGCGCGACAACUGAGCUGACCGGCCCCGUUGUCGAGCGACUGAUCGAGCGCUAUAUCACGGAAAACGUGCAUCACCUGUUAUUCCCGCGACUGGCGGCUCUUCGACGGCCAGACGACCUCGAGUUGGAGGCAAAAAUACGGCAAAUGGACUUUAUUGACAUCUCUCAACUGGGUAUCCUCAUUGAUGGGGGGUCCCAGGGAAAGCGGGACGUUCUCUCGCGGCUAGGACGCGCCGUUGAAGAGUUCCGAAGAAUGCCCAACGCUACCUGCCCGCAAGAAAUGAUGGAGAUACUCUUGUCCACAACAAAAGCGGCGACCCAUUUCACCGAUGCACCAACGCCGGGACAACCGAAAGCUCAGACGUCUGAGAAACCCAUAAUGACCAUCAACGCAGAUACCCUGGUGUCCCUUCUGUUAUAUGUUGUGAUAAAGGCACAGAUCAAACAUCUCCAAGCACGGCUCACAUACAUCCGUCAUUUCAUUUUCAUAGACGAUGUGGAUAGUGGCGAGAUUGGAUAUGCCCUUAGCACAUUCGAGGCUGUUCUCUCUUAUCUCGACCGUGAGUCUGGAGGCCUUCGGAGAGCUAGCCGACGGAACAAGGCUCUGUGGGAUUCUGUGUCGAGAGGCGACAUACCCGAGCUCAAGAACAUUAUGGAGCCAGACUCGCACUGGGCAGAGGAAGAUGAUUUUGCCGUCGAGUCUACUCCGUCUUCCAGGAGGGCGUCCUCCAGCGGCUGGAGUUUCACAAAUGGAGCGUCCAGGCGGUCGUCAUCAGCCUUUACUGUCUCAGAGAGGUUCUCGCUAGGAUCUGGACUCGGUCAUGUGUUUCCGUUCCAGAACGAAGAUGGAGACAGGGGCAAUGGCGGCAAAGACGAGUCUCCGCCGCCACCAUUCAAAAGAAUUAAAAAGGUGUCGAUGGAGACUAGGAGCAUGUCUAUCGGUUCCGAAAUCUCAUUCCGGUCGAUGCCGGCGAGUAUCGGCACAUUUGCCAGUGGGGUCGAGGGAGACACGUCGAUUGAGCGACUCUCACAAACACAAGACGCCUUUGGGGAGUCGGUACCCAUGAUGGCCAUCCAAAACCAGCGGUUAGAAAUCCUAAAGUAUCUCCUGUCGCUCAAGCAAUACUACUCGGCCGAGGUCCUCCUCGACGACCAAAACAACGAAGGCACCACCCUGCUCAGCGCGGCUGUUCAGCUGGGUCAGCCUGACAUUGUCAACGUGGUUCUUGACAUUCUCUUGGAAUCAACCGACGACGAUAGAAUGCGCGAUUGCCUCACGAUUCAAGACACCCGCGGGCGUAGCGCGGCUCACUACAUAUUUCAUGCUCCGUUCUUAAUAAAGAGAAUUGGCAAACUGCUGCCAUGGCGGCAAAAGGACAAAAACGGACAGACACCCUUGUUUGCGCUAUGCCGGUCCUAUGACCAUCCUCGCUACCACAGUAUGGUGGAGGAGGGACUGGAGGCGGCAACCAAGACACAGGCGGACGGCCGGCUACUUCACCUCGAUGACCAUGUGGACACCAAAGGGAACACUCUGCUACAUAUUGUCAACGACGCCAAGCUGGCACUGCGGAUUCUCCAGCGCUGUGAUGUUGACGUCAAUGCGACAAACGAAAAGAGGUUCACGGCGUUGAUGGUGGCCAGUAAAUAUGGCCGCUUCGACAUGGUGCGGGUGCUGUUUAGCGACCCCCGCGUCGACGUCACUGCGAGGGAGCUGCGAGGGCUGACCGCCGUAGAGCUGGCCAAGGACGACGAGCUCCGCAACAAAAUCGACGACCUGGUUCUCUUCUCCCUGAUCCCAGGUCCCGAUUCACGCACGACCGGUGUCGUGCGGUCCUAUUUCGUGGAAGACGCCUCGAUCCGUUUUGUGCUCAAGUCCGGAGCACCUGUCGACAAACAGAGCUAUGCCGUUACGACUUGCCGGCGUUCUCUGACCGACUUUGAACACCUGGCGAAGCUGCUCCAAAUGGAGAACCCGGCCUCGUGGAUACCGUCGCUCUCAGAUCUACGCUCACCCACGCAGAUCCCGUCCAAACCAAGUAGGGCGGUGCUCAAGGACCUCCAGGUGCGGAUGGACUGGUUUCUGCGUGUUCUGUUGUCUCACCCCACCUUUGCAACACACGAGAUGUUGUGGGAGUUCUUCCUAGUGCCCGACUUGCAGCUCGACACGAUGGCCGAGCGCAGCAAGCUCAAGGCAGAUGCGCUCGCCGAAAAGGUGCACGACGAGCUGGAGCCGGUUGAGGACCUCAAAGAAGUGGAGCAGUUUGUUGACCAUGCCCGCGACAUGGUCCGCAGCGUGCAUUUUUCGACAAGAAGUGUCGCAAGGCGGGCAAAUGUAAUGGGGAACGCUGCUAGUGAUCUAUACGAUGCUUCACAGAUACUCACCAGAGCGCUCAGCGCGCUGCCCUUCUUGCCCUUGUCACAUAGUUCGGCCUUUGACACCUAUGUGCGGAGUCUGGCGCCUUCCCAGUCCUCACCCUACGCCCUCUUCUUCACCACGUUUUUCGCUCUAUAUGGCAACGUAGAGGCCAUCCUCAAAGCACUUGCACGGCCGCCGCAAACCAUCGCUAAGAUCAUAGGAAUCCGCCGCGAGGUCGAGCGUGGCUACAGCUCCCUCAACCGGUCGUCGCGAUGGCCGCUGGGCCUUCUCGACGACACGCGGCAGCGACUCAACGAAGAGCGCGAGGAGAAGACGCGUCGUCACGAGAUUGAGGCGGAGCUGCUCAGCAAGGAACUCAGGUAUACCCAGCAGACGGUGGCGCUGGAGCUCGCCGGGUGGCGAGACAUGCACGAGAAGAUGGGCCGCAAGGCCAUCAAAGACCUGGCCAAGGGAAUGCUCAUUGCCGAGAAGAUGCGGCUGGACGGACUGCAGCGUGCACUUAGGAAGGUGAGGGAUUCUGCGGCUGCAACAGCGCCCGCCGAGGUCGAGGAGCCUGUGGUGGACGGCACGCUCCAAGGCGUUGGGGGAGAGCAGACCCAGGCAGGCUCCUCACUCCCUUCUUCCGUGGCAGCAGACGAGGUCGGAGGCCGCCAGAGCGUGACAACAAAAGGAAUGGCAGAACUGCUCACCGACACACCGCUCCCAGCGGAUGGCGAAACGCCCGGCACUGGCGAGGAGGCCAGCAGUGGCCUUGCGGCGUAG